GCAUCCGCUGUGGCCGGGACGAGUCAUAUCCUAGUGUAGUCAUCGAUCUCCGGUCUCGACGGAUCGAUGACAACUGGAGAAGCGCAAAGCAGUUAGGGUUGCCUCUUGCCCCUUGAAUUUUUCAGUCGUUCGUUGAGUGCGAAAAGACGGCGCCAUGAACUGCAGCACCUGCGAUCACAGCAUUGCUUUCACUUCUUCGGCCGGGCUGACGAAAUACCUCAACGUGCUCUGGCGGGGCCCACUGCUGCAGCUGUCAAAACGCCGAUAGCCACGACUGACUGACAUAUAUUCCGCAAGUUGAACGGCAUUUGCCUGUCGUCACUUGCGCAUGGAAAUCAUCGGUGCAGUCUCACCUUCGCUACAUCGGUGCUGUGACUGCAGGUAGACAUAGACCCGCGGUCGCACUCGAAGUUAUUCUCGCCCGCUGCGCCAAUAUCAGCUUCGCCCCGGGAAGCAAGCCUGCGGACGGUCCAGUGGCGACGGGGGAGCCAAAUGGCUGAUGACCUGGACGAUCCGCGUGACGUUGAGCUCGGCUCCCUGUGCGCCAUCUACCCCGAAAUCCAGCAGCUGCGACCCGAAGAUCCAUAUACCAUCACGCUUGACAUCCCCGUCACCCCUUCGAAAGCCGUUACCGUCUUCUUCCCCGCGGCCGCCAACGAUGCGGUACCCCCGGGUGCGAGCGGCGCCACAAACGGCACCGGCACUUCCGGCCCAGGCCAACAAGGGCCCGUCGAUUCUCACGAGGUAGCGCACCUGCCCCCGGUGCAGCUGGAGAUCGUCCUGGGACCGCGAUAUCCCGCCGAACAACCGCCGGAGAUCUCCAUCUCGACCACUCCUCCGUGGCUCCCCGAAGAUACCGUCAAGCAGCUCAAGGACGAUGCCCCCCGGCUGUGGGAGGAGAUGGGACGUGACAUCAUGGGCUUCACAUACAUCGAUCAUGUGCAGCAGGCCGCCCACAACGUUUUUGGUCUGGUGAACGAGAAGGGCUCGCUCGAGGUUGACCCGAGGCACAAGAUUGCCAUAUUGGACUACGACAUCAAAGCGAGGAGGGCGGCGUUCGAGAAGGAAACCUUUGAUUGCGGCGUGUGUCUCGGUACGUCUUGCUGGCUCGGUGCUGUUGGCUCUGGGGGCGUCGAAAUAUGUCUUUUACAGGUUUCCCUGUCCAAGUCCGCAGAAACAUGUACUAACCGAUGCGCAGAACCGAAGAAAGGCGCAGUUUGCCACCGGAUGCUUGACUGUGGACAUGUCUUCUGUGUCGCAUGUCUCCAGGACUUCUACAACAACGCCAUCAAGGAGGGGGAUAUUGCGGCGGUCAGAUGCUUGGCUCCCAAUUGCGCAAAGGAGCGCUCAAAAGCGACCUCCCCAUCCGGCAAGAGACGCAAGAAGCCGAGGACAUUCAUCAACCCCAGCGAACUGCUGCAGAUACCCCUCGACGAGGAGACGGUCAAACGCUAUGUGACGCUCAAGUACAAGAUGGAGCUCGAGUCGGACAAGAACACAGUGUACUGUCCACGGCCAUGGUGCAACGGCGCCGCGAGAUCCAAAAAACAUAAGAAGCCCCAAGGCCUGGAACUGGCGGAAGUCUCGGACGAAUCAGACACGGAGGACGAAGACGAGGCGGACCAUCCCGAUGGCGAGGGCACAUCCAAGCCUUACAAGCCAGCCGAGGAACUGCUGGCUAUCUGCGAAGAGUGCAGCUUCGCCUUUUGCAGCCGCUGCUACCAGUCGUGGCACGGCGAAUUCUUCCGGUGCACGCCACGCCGGGACAAGCAAGAGCUGACGGCCGAGGAACUCGCCUCCCUCGAAUACAUGAAGCUGCACACCACGCCGUGCCCUACGUGCGGUGUACCGGCGCAGAAGACGCACGGCUGCAACCACAUGAUCUGCUACCGCUGCCAGUCGCAUUUCUGCUAUCUCUGCUCGGCCUGGCUCGACCCCGGCAACCCUUAUCAGCACUUCAAUGCGGCACCCGACGGGCGGGUCACCGGCUGUUACAUGCGUCUGUGGGAGCUCGAGAUGGGAGACGGCGACGACGUCGGCAUCGGCUUCGAGGGCGGCCCGGGCGGGGGCGCAGGCCGCGGUGCGCCAGCGGUCGUCGUCCUUGCUCAGGAGCUCGUCCCUGAGAUCGAGGAGCCCGAGGAAGAGGACCUGGCAAACCAGGCCAUAGGGAACGAAGCCGCAGCGCAGCCCGAGGAGGCGCAUCAUCUGGACGGCGGGCAAGUCGGCAUUGCCCGCGAGGGCCCGUUGGUUCUCCGAAUAGCUGCCAACCAGCCGGCGGCGCCGGGCCGCGGAGGACCUCGUGGUCGACAGCCGGGGGCAGCAGCAGCAGCACCUCAGCCUGCCGCGGCGCCUGUCCCGGCUGCUGGCCGAGGAGGAGCGAGAGCAGCGCGGAAUCAACAACCCGCGGCAGCGCGGGGUGGAGGGCCACAGCAGCAACAUGCAGGCCGUGACGCAGGACCGGGAGCAGCAGUGCCGAGAGGCGGACGCGCAGGAGCAGGGGUUGGCGCCGUCGCAGGGCCGCGAGGACGUGGCCGAGGCGGAGGUGCCGGCGCCGGCGGUGCAGGUCCUGCUGCUGCCGCGCGUCGGCAAAAUAAUCACAAUAACCCCGCGAAUCAUCCAGCAGAGCGCGUGCAGCGUCGCAAUGCCAACAACGGCGGCGGCGAGGGUCUCGGCGACGACGAGCUGGCCCCGCAGCACCAGGAAUGGGUCAGGCAGUUUGUCCUGGCUGCGUUGAACGACGAGGAGGAUAUCUUCAUCGACAUGGGGUUUUAGAUCAGACGAGUUUCUUUUGCGUUCCCGCUGGCAUUGUGGCUUCUCCUUUUUGUGCCUGCCUAGUUAUCCAAGAUACCCCCUGAUUGAAGAACAUAGACUGUAGACAGGCAGACACAGCCAGCUUUAUAUGCAUGACUACACAGUUAUCCGUUCAGGAUGUUUUCUGCCUACCUGCCUGCCUGUGCCCGCGCCCCGUUUCGACCACGGCGGAGAGCCUGGUGUGCGUUGUCAUCGCUGGCCCCCUGGGCCUGGGCUCAGCUCCUCUCUAGGCUG